AUGAGACUUGAUGCAAUCGACGCGCUUCUUCAUUCCCAUCAAUUGACGCAAACGCUUUCCAAUUUCCAUAACAUCUCUGAUCUAUCAUUUCUCUCGCAACGCAUUCGCAUCGAUCUUUUCCUGAUAAACUCGAACGCUUGGAGAGUAACCAGGAAGAUUCUGAAACUUGUUGUGGCAACUGGGAAGGAGGAAAUCCUUUCUAUAUUCAAGCACAUAAUAAUAUCCUUCCCAUUAGAUGCUCGGAAAACUUUUAUAAGAUCGGCCACUGUUUGA